UUCUACUUCAGUAUAUUCUAUGACUAUAUUCCCUGCAUCACUCAUACCCCUUCUAUCUAAGCUUCCAAAUUUGUUGAGUCCUACUAGUAGGCUCCAUACUGCUCAGCUUAAGCCCCCAUUAUUAACACCUAGUUUAGUUAGUAUGCUUGCUGAUCCCAUUACCACAUUGGCAGAUUUUCAUAUUACUCCUCUUCUAUACAUUGCCGGAUUGGGUACCUGUCUAGUGUAUAGUAUUCCAUGCCCUGAUAUUUUUAGGUUACAAGGCGCUAGGGGUAUAGACCUAGUUUUGGCUUGCGGUCUAUAA